CCCACCCAAAGGGGGCGGGGCCUCCCCAAAUUCCCGGGAAAUCGCCCCAAAACCGGGUGGGGGAGGGGCGGCAGCGGGGCCAUGGCGGAGGGCCUGGUGAUGGUGGUCACCGGGGGCUCGGGGUUCCUGGGCUCCCACCUGGCGCAGGUGCUGCUGGAUUCGGAGCCGGAGCUUCGGGAGCUGCGAAUCCUCGACCUCGAGCCCGACAUCGAACUGGUCCCCGAGAGGCACCGCUCGCGGGUGCGGCUGUUGCGCGGUGACGUCACCGAUUUCGGCGCUCUUUGUUCCGCGUUCGGCGGCGCCGCCGUUGUUUUCCACAGCGCCGCCCUGGUGGACGUGUGGGGGCGCUGCAGCCCCGAGGCCGUGGCCAGGGUCAAUGUGCUGGGCACCAAGAACGUGAUCAGGGCCUGCCAGGCCUCGGGGGUGCCGGUGCUGAUUUUCACCAGCAGCAUGGAGGUCGUGGGGCCCAACACCCGCGGGGAUCCCUUCGUCAGGGGGGACGAGGAGUCGCCGUACCCGACCCGGCACUCGGAGCCGUACCCGCUGAGCAAGGCCCAGGCCGAGCGGCUGCUGCUGGAGGCCAAUGGAAAACCUAUUUCGGGGGGCGGCCGGCUGGUGACGCUGUCCCUGCGCCCCACGGGCAUUUUCGGGGAGCGCCACCCCCUCCUGGAGCUCUUUUACCGCCGGGGGCGGGGCCUGGGCGGGCUCCUCCCACGGACACUCCCACAGAACGCCGAGCACGGACGGGUCUACGCAGGUAACGUGGCGUGGAUGCACGUCCUGGCCGCCCGCGCCGCCCGCGCCCGCCCCCUCUCGGUGGGCGGCGAAUUUUUCUUCUGCACGGACGCCUCGCCCUGGGCGCCCUACGAGGAUUUCACCCUUUGGUUGUUGGAACCCGCCGGCAUCCGGGGCGGCCCCCGAAUCCCCCAAACCCUCUCGGGGCUCCUGGCGAGGCUCAACGGGGCCCUGACGGCGAUUUUGGGGCGUUUCGGGGUGGUUUGGGCGCCGCUGCUGAACCCCUACACGUGGGCCGUGGCCAACGCCCCGUUCAGCGUCCGCACGGCCAAGGCCCGGCGGGAGCUCGGCUACCGACCGCUCUUCUCGUGGCAGGAGGCGCGGGACAGGACGGGCCGCUGGCUCAGGGCGCUGGCCGGGGCCUGAAAUGGGGAGAAAACGCGAAAAAACGGUGAAAAAAUGGCGAAAAACGGGGGAGAAACGGGGGAGAAAGGGUUAAAAAUGGCGGCUUGGGGGGUGAGGGUGAGCGUGGGCAUGAAGGGGUUAAAAGUGGUGGAAAAUUGGGAAAGAAAUGGG